CUCCUUUCCGUCCUUAUGGCUUCUUCUCUCAUCUUCCUUCUCUUGGCCGCGGCGGUGGUCGCCUCAGCUGUCCCCGACUUGUACAUGGUGACAAGCGGGGAGGGCCACAGCGAGCAGGUGUCCGGGCGGAGCGAGGAGGAGGUGGGUCUGCUCUACCUGGAGUGGGUGGCCAAGCACCGGCCGUCCCGCAACGCGCUUGCGGAAGAGGCGAGCCGGUUCGAGGUGUUCAAGGACAACCUCCGCUACAUCGACGCCCAUAACGCGGCGGCCGACCGCGGGGAGCACGCCUUCCGCCUCGGCCUCAACCGGUUCGCCGACCUGACCAACGAGGAGUACCGGGCCAAGUACCUAGGCGUCCGGGCCGCCGCGUCCCGCAGGAGGAGGGCCUCAUCGGAGGGCAGCAACCGGUACCGGCUGAGGGACGGCGAUGAUUUGCCUGAUUCAAUCGAUUGGAGGGAGAAGGGCGCUGUUGUCGGCGUUAAAGAUCAAGGCAGCUGCGGGAGCUGCUGGGCAUUUUCGACGAUUGCUGCUGUGGAAGGUAUCAACCAGAUCGUGACCGGCGACCUGAUCUCUCUGUCCGAGCAGGAAUUGGUGGACUGCGACACCUACUACAACCAGGGCUGCAACGGGGGGCUCAUGGAUUAUGCCUUUGAGUUCAUCAUCAACAAUGGUGGUAUCGACACCGAUGAGGACUACCCAUACAAGGCCCGAGAUGGAACUUGCGAUACUUACAGGAAAAAUGCACAUGUUGUGGCAAUUGACGCAUAUGAGGAUGUUCCGGUUAACGAUGAGAAGUCUCUGCAAAAAGCAGUUGCUAACCAACCGGUUAGUGUUGCUAUUGAAGCUGGUGGCAGGACAUUCCAGCUUUAUGACACGGGAAUAUUCACCGGAUCUUGUGGGACUGCACUAGAUCAUGGUGUGACUGCCGUAGGCUAUGGCUCCAAGAAUGGCCAGGACUACUGGCUUGUGAAGAACUCAUGGGGUGAAGACUGGGGCGAGGCUGGAUACAUACGAAUGGAACGUAAUAUUGCAUCUGCCACUGGCAAGUGUGGUAUUGCAAUGGAGGCCUCAUACCCCAUUAAGAAGGGCCAGAACCCACCAAACCCUGGUCCAUCUCCACCUUCCCCUGUUAAGCCACCCACAGUCUGUGAUAACUACUACACCUGCCCAGAGAGUACCACAUGCUGCUGCUUGACCUAA